UUCGAAAACGUGGGACAUGGAAAAACAUUGUAUACCACGUCUAUUCUGUAUCUCGUCUGUGCUUUUAUACUAUAAAAAAUGCACUUUCCCACCGCAGAUAUAACAUCCCAUUUGAUACUUGUCAUAUUGUCAUCUUUCGUGUAUGAGUCGUCUGCUAUAUAAUGAUGAAUAGUAUUUAAAUUAAAUUUACAUAAUAUUACUGAAAAGAUGACAUUAUAUCAUUUUGGAAAUUGUUUAGCUUUAGUUUAUGUUCCAUAUUAUCUUACUUAUAAAUAUUCAGGGUUAUCAGAAUAUGGUGCAUUUUGGAAAUGUAUUCAAGCUGGAGGUAUUUACAUAUUUACACAAUUAGUAAAAAUGCUGGCACUUGCUACUUUUUUCCCUACAACAGAUAACAUAGGAGGUGAAGAUUAUGAUUUAAUUGGUGAAUUUUUAAAGUCUUCGAUAGAUUUAGCUGAUUUAGUAGGAAUUUUAUUAUCAUUGAACAAUAUACCCGGUAAAGGGCAUGCAAAAAUUUUAACUGCUGGAGUUGGAUGGGCUGGAGCUGAGGUAUUACUUACUAGGUUCCUUCUAUUAUGGAUAGGAGCAAGAGGCGCAGAAUUUGAUUGGAAAUACAUUCGAAAGAGUCUUGAAUCUAAUGUUAAUUUAGUACAACAUAUAACUACAGCAACACUUGUAUGGUUAUGGUCACGACAUGAUUUAAAACGAAGUUUAGUUCCAAUAGUAACUGGUAUGCUUAUACUUACAGUAUAUAGACCACUUAUUUUAGAUUUUCUCCUAGUAUUUUUCUUAACUGGCCCAUGGUUAGCCCUUAUUGUUAAAGCUACUAUUACUUUCAUCAUGGGUGUUACGACAUUAUAUAUGUAUGCUGGUCUUGCUUAUUCCAUAGGCAUCUUUUGAAGAACAUUAUGUGUACAUUUUCUAUUUUUUGAAGUGAAGGUGGAUCUUCGCAAGAAGGUGCCCAAACUUUCACAUCACAAUCAAGCCCACUUGUUGCAAGAAUAGGAAUAUGUGGAUGAGGCUCUAAACAAUUUACCUAUACGACAGAGUGUUAUUAAACUUUAUCAUUAUAUUUUUAAUAGAUUACAUACCACUCCUUGUUCAUCUCCAGGCAUCCAAUUUACGAUUGCUUCAGUGUUCUUCUCCCAGAUAAAUAUAUUUCCACAAUCCGACCCAGAUAUAACAAAUUCACUCUUUGGCCCAAAGAAAUUAACUCCCUUCACUAUGAAAUAUGAAAUAUAAUAAGUGCAAAUUUUCAUUUAAUUCUUGUAAAAUGUACCAAACAAUAAUAUAUACCAGUAGCAUUGUU